UCUGGGAUGUACUUUGUAGAAGACAAUGCAGCUGAUGCUCAUGACAACCAGAGCCUUCAUGGGGAGACUGAGGCCCCUUCUUUCUCCUGGACGUAUGAGGAGAUCAAGGAGGUACACAAGCGCUGGUGGCAGCUAAGAGACAAUGCUGUGGAGAUAUUCCUCACCAAUGGCAGGACCCUGCUGUUAGCCUUUGACAAUACCAAGUUCCGUGACGACGUCUACCACAACAUCCUGACCUCUGAUCUGCCCAACCUGCUGGAGCACGGCAACAUCACGGCACUCACACAGCUGUGGGGCUCUAGUCAGAUCACCAACUUUGAGUACCUCACACAUCUCAACAAGCACGCAGGGCGCUCCUUCAACGACCUCAUGCAGUAUCCUGUGUUCCCCUUUAUCCUGCGAGAUUACACCAGUGAGACGCUCGACCUGCAGGAUCCAAGCAUCUACAGGAAUUUGAGUAAACCCAUUGCAGUCCAGUCAAAAGAAAAAGAGGAUCGAUAUGUGGACAAUUACAGGUACUUGGAGGAGGAAUACAAGAAGGGCAUUCGUGAGGAUGAUCCCAUGCCGCCUGUCCAGCCUUACCAUUACGGCUCACACUACUCCAACAGUGGCACUGUGCUGCACUUCCUGGUCCGGAUGCCUCCUUUCACCAAGAUGUUCCUUGCCUACCAGGAUCAGAGCUUUGAUAUCCCGGACCGGACGUUUCACUCCAUGAACACGACGUGGCGACUGUCCUCCUAUGAGUCCAUGACUGAUGUGAAAGAGCUCAUCCCAGAGUUUUUCUACCUCCCAGAAUUCUUGGUUAACAGAGAGGGUUUUGAUUUUGGUGUUCGUCAGAACGGUGAGAGGGUGAAUCAUGUGAAUUUGCCACCCUGGGCUCGCAACGACCCACGUCUGUUCAUCCUGAUCCACAGACAAGCCCUAGAGUCUGACCAGGUCUCCCAGACUCUGUGUCAGUGGAUCGACCUGGUGUUUGGGCUCAAGCAGAAAGGCAAAGCUGCUGUCCAAGCCAUCAACGUCUUCCACCCUGCUACUUAUUUUGGCAUGGAUGUUUCGUCUGUUGAAGACCCAGUACAGCGACGGGCCCUGGAGACAAUGAUCAAAACAUACGGACAGACGCCCAGGCAGCUCUUCAAUGCCUCUCACAUCAGCAGGGCCGGGCCAAAGCUCACGAUUGAUGGAGAGCUGCCAGCAGCCAUGGGACUCCUGGUCCAGCUGGCCUUUAGAGAAACCAGAGAACAGACCAAAGAAAUUGUUUGCCCGAGCCCGCUACCAUGGAUCAAAGGUCUGAAGUGGGGUGAGUAUGUGGGCUCGCCCUCUGCUCCAGACCCAGUGGUGUGCUUCAGCCAGCCACACGGGGAGAGGUUCGGAUCCCUGUUGGCUCUUCCCACGCGAGCCAUCUGCGGCUUGUCCCGCAAGUUCUGCCUCAUGAUGAUUUACAGCAAGGAGCAAGGUGUGCGGAGCAUGCACAGCACAGACAUCCAAUGGUCAGCCAUCUUGAGCUGGGGUUAUGCAGACAACAUACUGAGGCUGAAGAGCAAACAGAGCGAACCACCUAUCAACUUUAUUCAGUGCUCACAACUACACCAGGUGACCAGUUGUGCCUGGGUGCCCGAUAGCUGCCAGCUAUUUACAGGUAGCAAGUGUGGAGUCAUUACCGCCUACAGCAACCGCUUCACCAGCACCACGCCUUCAGAGAUGGAGGUAGAAUCUCAGGUUCACCUGUAUGGACACACGGGGGAAGUCACCAGUCUGUUCGUCUGCAAACCAUACAGCAUCCUCAUCAGUGUCAGCCAAGACGGCACCUGUAUCCUCUGGGACCUCAACAGGCUGUGUUAUGUUCAAAGCCUCACAGGACACAAAAGCCCAGUGACUGCUGUGUCUGCAAGUGAGACCACAGGUGACAUCGCAACAGUUUGUGACUCAGUGGGCGGAGGCAGUGACCUGCGUCUGUGGACGGUGAACGGCGAUCUGAUCGGUCACGUCCACUGCAGAGAGAUCAUCUGCUCUGUGGCGUUCUCCAACCAGCCGGAGGGUGUGUCUGUCAACGUCAUCGCCGGUGGGCUGGAGAAUGGUGUUGUUAGGUUGUGGAGCACCUGGGAUUUGAAACCAGUGAGAGAGAUCACCUUUUCCAAGUCAAGCAAACCUAUCAUCAGCCUGACGUACUCGUGUGACGGUCACCACCUCUACACAGCCAACAGUGAGGGUACGGUGAUGGCGUGGUGUAGACGGGACCAGCAGCGCAUGAAGCUGCCCAUGUUCUACUCCUUCCUUAGCAGCUACGCUGCAGGUUGACCGCGCGUCUGACAUUUAUGACUGUCCACCUCUCAGCGGGGGGAGCUCCCUCUUCCUCCCUGCUUUCUUCCUCCUCUUCCUCAGGAGAGGACUUGUCAGCAUGGCCUCAACCUCCCUCAACCCUCCUUGACUUUUAACUAAAGCCAUCCCCAGCUAAGCGAUUACUACUCCCAGCAUCCAGAAAUGAUGAUAUAAAAUAGUAUUAUAUGUUUAUAAAUAUAUAUAUAUAUAUAUAUACAUAUAUACAUAUGUGUGUAUAUAUUUAUAAACAUAUUGUGGUGGAAAGGAUGGAUAUUUGGUUGAGGCUGCAACAGACACUUUACACAAAAUGCAUUUGUGCAAGUAUGUUUGGUCUUUUGUGUUUUGUUUUUCUGUUAGUUUGUUUCCUACUCUUGAGUUUCUGUUGCCUGUGCGAUGUAUAUGUUUUUUUGCUCUGUCCUGGUAAGCUGCUAUGGUAUGGCUGAAGUCAGAUCGAAAGUGUUCGCGUCCGCCCCCGUCUCCCAUUUCACCGUCGCUCGGAUCUCCCGCAGCGCGUCGUCUGACAAAUUGGUGCCAGAGCUCAGUAAGAGUGUCCUGCUGACGCUGCAGUAGUUAGUAGGAAGGAAGGGAGGGAAGGAAGGUGGGAGCCCGUCCUCGCGUCUGUCACCAGGAGACGACCUGCUCUGUGGGAGUGAGACGCUGCUGUGAUGGGCUGUCUGCUCCACUCACGUCUGAGUUCUUGUGUCGCGUCCCUGCAUGACUGUGUAUCUGCGCUCAGCGGAAGAUAAUGGGAGAACCUGGGAAUGAAGUGUACCUCGCCUUGGCUGUUCUGUCCUACUCCUGCAUGCUAGGAUGAUGCUGACCUUGACUCUGUGACCUCUACUGUCAUGGCACUCCUUUUUAUUAAUGCCUGUCUUUGCUGAACUCUCCCUUUACAUCCAGAUAUGAUUUAUUUAUUAGAAAAAUCUUCCCUUCCCUUGUGUUUUACUCUCUGCUGCUCAAAUGCACUAAAACCUUUCACUCCGUCAGCAAGCUCGCUGAGAUAAUUCCAGAGAGCAGUUAACAAACAGCAUCGACUGCCUAAAGCUAGAAAAGAUGCAGAGAAGAUGAUCCUGUAAACCUCCUCAUCCUCACUGAAGCUUCAUACCUGUGCAGCUUUUAGGGGACAGUUUAGUUUUAUUCAGUUUAAGUGGCGAUGCAUGAGGUACGUAUGCAGAGUUAAUGUGUUGUAUUUUGUGGGAUGCCUGUUAAUAGGAGACAUUAGAACUGGAACUGCUUUCACGCUUUGUUUUAAAGUUAAUGGGGGGGACGGCAGAGAAAAUGUCCCAAAACCCAACUGAGAAAAUAAGCAACUUUCCAGCUGUUUGCUACAUUUAGAACACUUUCUGGGGUUUGCAACGCUGUCUGACGCUGUUUUUGGAAGUAUAACCCAAACAGCUGCUUUAAAACACAGCUUUAAAAAUGAUUCAAAACAUUCAGAAAUGAUGUAACAUUAUAUGUGCGCUGCUCCCUUAAACACUUACACUGUACAGUUUUUUCUGCUGCCCCUGUUUCACAUCCAAACAAUACACAGAUCAUGUUCUAGUUCAAUUGUCGCCCUCUCCAAACAGACACUGGACACAGUCUACACUGACUCUGCGUAAAUAUCUCACCUUCUAAACCAAAACAAUGAUACUUUAAAAUAAACGUUGCAUCAUUUUCUGCCAGCUGAGGUCCAAGCAUUGAUGUCUCAUAUGCUGAAGAGGUUUACAGCUGAUUUAUAGACACUACACUGAUCAGUGUUGACCAAACGUCUCCCUCCUUAACCCAAUCCAUGUGACCAUUCUUUACAUUCCCAUUCAACUCACUGCACUUUCACUUGUCAGUCAUUAAAGAGUCGAAUGGUAGCAGAAGCACUUUUUAAAAAAAAAAACCAUGUAAUUCAGUCAGAGCCAAUGAUCUGUGGUCUUAAUAUGAACUGUGCUUUGGUUUAAAUCCACUAAUAAAUCUAACCGAGAAAAGCAAUAUCUGUCACGAACAUGCAAUAGGUCAUCGAUGUUAGAAACCAGGAGUUUGUUCCAGCAGCUGUGAAAUAAUGUUCAACCUUCAUGGUGACUGCAGUGAGCCUUCAGUUAGGAAAUGAUUUCUUACAUUUUACACUUUGUCUUUGACUUGUUUUCAAGAAAGGGAAUAUUUCUUAUGUAAUGAUGUCAUUCCUUUGGUGUUGCUGUUGGUUUUGUUUUUCUCUUCCUCUUCGGCUCAGUCAGGCCUGUAACGAGACAUGAAGUUACUGAGAUUGUUUACAGAGUUUCACGCCUGCAUGUGUACAUACAUUUCCUCCAUGAAAUCUUCAGUGUUUGUCUAUAAGAACCACAACCUUUUCUCUCUCUCUCCCUUUAACAUCCAUGGGUGAAAAUGUGUUCUUGUUUUGUUGUUUGUUUAUGUUUUGUUCUGUGAAAAUGGCAAAAAAUCGGAGAGGAAAGCGUGAUUAAUGAGUGAUGUGUUUGUGCUUUCUGAAGAAGGAAAUAUUUUUGUUACCUUAGGCUAUGCAUAAUUUAAGAUCAUCGUCUUAGGUUGCUUGAAUUGUGUAAUUUCAUUGGCCUCUUUGGGCAGGAUUUGCAGUUUGGUAACUUCUGAAAGGUCAUAUUUUUUUGUACGUGUGUGUGUGUGUGUGUGUUUGUGUGUAUGUAUGGACCAACAAGU